ACGCACGGAGCCACGGCGUCGGAGAAGAAGGCCGCCCCGAUCCGUGGCUCAUCCAGCCAGCCUCAGUCAGCCAGCCAGAAAGUCGUGCGGCCGCGACUGCCGCACAUAACAUCGCGACCUCGUUGAAGCCCAGCACUCAUGCCAUAGCCUGCUUCCAACAACCACUUCCCUUCUUCGUCGCUCCUUCUGAGUUCCACGCCGCCGUCGGACGACACGCAAGCGGCCAGACAUCCGUGUGCGUGCGCGUGUUUUUUUUUUUUGGAACGGCAGCCACAGUGAGGAUUUGAAAACGAGUCCUGGCUGCCCCCAACUGGAUUGACAGUACAUUGACAAGUGGCGGGCGGCACAGUGAUCUAGCGGUUAGCAUGUCUGGCUCACACUUCUGAGGUUGGGGGUUCAAAUCCAGGCGCCAGUGUGGACUUUUUGCAUGUUCUCCAGGUUGACUUCAAGGUUUUGCAAAAUCCAGCCGCCGCCGUCUCCCUGACUACACCCUGGAAGGGCGAAGUUUCCUGCUUAGCGAUACCUGCGCAAGAACCAGAACUUGAACUCAAGGUGCCGCAGCGCUGAGGCAGCUCUCAGGUCAGGACAAACCCGUCACCAUGGAUAUGGAUGAGGAGGAGAAUAUGAGUUCGAGCAGCGCCGACGUUAAGGAAAACCGAAACCUGGACAAGGUGUCUUGCAAAGAAGGGGUGGGCGUGGCCGAACAGCUCCCCAAUGGAAGCGGCCCGGGCGCUCGAAAGCGCCCCCUGGAGGAGGGGAACAACGGUCACCCUCACUCCAAGUUCCGAGCCAAGAAGCGCAAGAAAACGCCCGGGCCCAUCCUGCCCAAGAACGCCUUGAUGCAGCUCAAUGAGAUCAAACCGGGUCUGCAGUACAAACUGCUGUCGCAGACCGGACCGGUCCACGCGCCGGUUUUUGUCAUGACCGUGGAGGUCAACGGGCAGACCUUCGAGGGCAUGGGCCCCACCAAGAAGAAGGCCAAGUUGAACGCGGCGGAGAAAGCGCUGCGCUCCUUCGUGCAGUUCCCCAACGCCUCGGAGGCGCACCUGGCCAUGGGCCGGACGCUGACCGUCAACACGGACUUCACCUCCGACCAGGCCGAUUUCCCGGACAUGCUCUUCAACGGCUUUGAGACGCCGGCCGCGCCCGAGGAGUCCUUCUAUGUGGGUUCCAACGGCAGCGGCGCGUUGAACUCCCUCGGCGAGUACCCGCUGCCGGCGCCGCCCGGCGGCAACCUCGCCCAGGCGCCGCUGCCCCCUCCGUCGGCCUUCGGCUCCCCCUGCAGCGGCAAAAACCCCGUCAUGAUCCUCAAUGAACUCAGGCCGGGCCUCAAAUACGACUUUGUGUCCGAGAGCGGCGAGAGUCACGCCAAGAAUUUUGUCAUGUCGGUGACGGUGGACGCGCGGACGUUCGAAGGAUCGGGCCGCAACAAGAAGCUGGCCAAGGCCCGGGCGGCGCAGGCCGCUCUCUCGGCUCUCUUCAACAUGCAGCUCGACCGGACGCCGUCCAGGCAGCCCAUACCCAGGGAGGGCCUGCAGCUCCACCUCCCGCAGGUUCUCGCCGACGCCGUCUCUCGACUGGUGGUGGAUAAGUUCAGCGAACUGACGGACAACUUCACCUCCCCCCACGCCCGGCGGAAAGUCCUGGCCGGAGUCGUCAUGACGACAGGGACGGACGUGAAGGAGGCGCAGGUGGUUUGCGUUGCCACGGGGACCAAAUGCAUCAACGGUGAGUACAUGAGCGACCGCGGCCUGGCCCUCAACGACUGCCACGCCGAGAUCAUCGCCCGACGCUCGCUCAUGAGGUACCUCUACAUCCAGCUGGAGUUCUUCCUCAGCAGCAGAGAAGAGCAUCAGAAAUCCAUCUUUGUGCCGUGUGACAAAGGAGGCUACAAGUUAAAGGACAACAUUCAGUUCCACCUCUACAUCAGCACCUCGCCCUGCGGAGACGCCCGCAUCUUCUCCCCGCACGAGGCCGGCGUGGAAGAUCAAGGAGACCGACACCCCAAUCGCAAAGCGAGAGGUCAGCUUCGGACCAAGAUCGAAUCGGGCGAGGGCACCAUCCCCGUCAGGUCCAGUAACACCAUCCAAACGUGGGACGGGGUCCUCCAGGGGGAGAGGCUACUCACCAUGUCCUGCAGCGACAAGAUUGCCAGAUGGAACGUGGUGGGCAUCCAGGGCUCCCUGAUGAGUUACUUCACCGAGCCCAUCUACUUCUCCAGCAUCAUCCUGGGGAGCCUCUACCACGCCGACCAUCUCUCCCGAGCCAUGUAUCAGCGCAUUGCCGAUAUCGAGGACCUCCCCCAGCAGUUUGCGCUCAACAGACCCUUGCUCAGCGGAAUAAGCAAUGCGGAGGCCAGGCAGCCGGGCAAAGCGCCCAACUUCAGCGUGAACUGGACGGUGGGCGACCAGGGCCUGGAGGUGAUCAACGCCACCACGGGCAAGGACGACAUGGGCCGAGCCUCGCGCCUCUGCAAGCACGCCCUCUACAGUCGCUGGGUGCGACUGCACUCCAAGCUGUCUUCUAUCCUGCGGAUCAAGGCGCUCAAGCCGGCCUCGUACCACGACGCCAAACAGGCGGCCGCCGAGUACCACGAGGCAAAGCAGGCGCUCAUCAAGGCUUUCCACAAGGCCGGUCUGGGGGCCUGGGUCAAAAAACCCAGCGAACAAGACCAGUUCACUCUGGCCUCCUGAGGGAACCGCCGGACCGAGGGAAUCCCAAGCCGCCCCUCCCCCCUCUCCCGCCCAGAACCUCAGAAGAUGGACCCGUGUUAGCAGCCCCUUUGCCCGCCUCCCUCCCUCCCGUAUAUUUGCACGCACUUGCAGCUGUUAACUCGUGGAAAUAAGUGUGCACAGUUCCCCCAACAAAUGGAGGAAAACAAAAACAAAAACCAAAUCCCAACCCCCCCAUCUCAUCAGGGUCACUCCUUACCGGACUCACCUCAUGAAAUUGUCUGCUUUUUACGUUUGCUUUUAAUGGCGGGAUUCCCCCUGUACUAAAACUGGAAUCCAUGCAACUUUUAUUUUGAUUUUAUUUUAUUUUUUAAUGUGGUAGAUAAACGAAAGCGUAAGUUGAUGUUUUCUUUUGGACGGUGCGUUUCAUGCCGGGGUGCUGCAUGUAGUCAGUUCAGGGUUUGCCCCCGAGACGCCAACGACCGUAAAAUCCGAGUUUGUCUUGUAAACGACGUUCAAAAUCCGGUCGUAAUUCGUCAUUUGGAUCUUAGCUAGCUAAGUUAUGCUCACAACUUUUGGACAAAAAGAGUGUUUUGGAGUUGUUGUUGUUUUUUUUUUUUUUUAGAUUGACCUUCAUGUGUACUUCAACAUUCCUUAUUGUUGCGCUCGUGAAUGGACGUGCGGAUGUUGACUCGAGCUGCUCGCAGUUUUCGGUAGUCCCGGCCUGGGUCCUGGCUGGCGGUCUGGAGGAAGUGGAUUUUCAUUUGCAUGGGCGGACCCGCACGGCACAACGCAACGCAACGCAUGCAGAGAAAGAAAGAAUAGGAAGCGUGUGCGCGUGAAUGAAUUGCCAGCAUCUUCCUCCACAGGCAGCUUUUAAUCUGUGUCUCUUUUCUACAUUUCUGCUGUUGGUUGUUUGGGUUGACGGGGAAGAAGUCGCUUUUGUUUUCAUAAGGCGGGGGCUUUUUUGUAGAUUCUGGAUUCUAAAAACAAAAAAAAAAGACUAGGGAAUGGAUUUUUGUUUUGGGGGGGGGGGGGGUGGACAGAAUACUGAUGCAGAUAUUUGUUUAAAAAAAAAAACAGCACUAAACAGCUGAUAUUUUUACGUAAGAGUAUGAAGGUACACACGUACUGUCGGUGAAAUGUAUUUAAGAAGUACUCACUAUGCAAAAUGGCCCGUUCCAGUGUUGUAUUUAUCGUAUGCUAGUUGUUGACGUAGGCGUCAUUUGUAAAUGUUGUCACUUUGGACUCCACGCGCGAGAAUUUAGUCGGGUGACACGUUUGGGGCGUCGAACACUCCCCCCCCCCCGCCCCCCCCAGUUUCACCGACCCGAACCACUUCUGUUCACACGAUGUCCUAACUAAAUUCUCAAGUCGCAGCUGACUCAUACGAUUUCGAUAAGAGCCGCGACUGUCUUGCUGUUCCUCUUUGGUCCUGUAGGUGUCAGUAACCGGUGCUUGAGAGGUUGUUGUUUUUUUUAAUUUUUUGUUUUUUUUUUGACAGGCUCCAGUCCAGAUUUGCACAGUGCCAUUUGCCAGCUUUAAAUCAGGCCACUUAAUUGUCAACUGGAGGUUAUUUGUUGCAACACGAAUUUUGAGUCAGGAUCCCCCUUCGGAUCGGAGGGUUAGCAAAGGCCUGAUUGUCGGAUAGAAUAUGUGGACCGAUUAUCCUGUGGUGUGCGAAGAACUUUAGCGAUUUCCAUGUAAACGAUGGGGAUGGUCGCCGCUAAACGAGGUGCACCGGGUCAAUCGGCAUUCCUGCUCAGUGAUUGCGCGUGGGGGGGGGGGGGGGGGGUGCUCAGGUUGCGGUACGUACACUCUGGAAUCUCCGCCAAAGAUGAUGUCGAUUUGCGUGCGUCAUCAACUCAACAUUGUUGAUGAUUCUCACGCUGCACGUUUUCAUUGGGAGGGGGAAGAAUUUGAAUUGAUGGGAAACCCUCCGAUUCACGAGCGACAGGCAGCAGGCUUGCCCGUCAAUCGCGUAUAUAAUUCACGCCCAUUGAAAUGCAUUGGGGCGGGGGGGGGGGUGCUUUUUUCUUAAUUUGACACACCACAAAACACUCGUUAGCAACCCUACCGAAUUUGAAUUGAAACAAAAAAUUGCCAAGCACAUAUAAUGAUGCCGUUCUCGCCGCUCUUGUCUGCCGUGGGCGUGGCUGAAACCUCUCGCUCGAGUACCACUGCUAUAACUCGUCACCGGAAUCCAUUCUGCCGGGGCUUUGGUGCCAUCUUGUGGCGUGUCGGAAAGAGCGCACAAACAAAUACAAAUGGGUGUUUUGUUGUCCCGGCUAAAUGGGAAAGGCGGGGCUUCGCUGUGACGUCAUCAAGUUUGAAAACAUCUGUCGUGCAUUUUCGAACCCGCCCUCAAGAUCACCGAAUGACUUUGUUUUUGUAAAUAGUCAACAGCCAACUCUGUUGCCAUACGAAUCCCCUGAAUUUUUACGUUUUUUUUCCUUCUUCUUUCCGUAUUGCGCUGCGGCAGUUGCAGGCUUCAUCCCCUUUCCCGGCCCCCCACUUGUCGUCAUAGCUGACCAAAACGUAACAGCUGGCAUGUGUGAUGUCAUAAGUAGCGCGUGUCUCUUUCCCUCCGGUGUCUGCGGUUGUUUUGUGGAGUCGAGAAUCGCGUCAAUUGAGAAUCUUCCAGAACUGAAUGUAAAGAGGACAAAAAUGUGGGAUGCUUUUUCCAAGAUGGCAGAAGAGCGUAGGACUGUUCACCAAAGUGACAUGCAAUACCCCCUCCCCCACCCCAUGUCUGCUCUGAUGUCACUUUAAUGCCCCCCCCCCCCCACACACACACACACUCCAGGUCCCAGUACGCACACUUUGUUGUUCUUCAGAUGUCUCCACGGAGCUCUUUUGUACAUAAGGACUGGCUGUUUGUCAAGUUGUCUCCUUUUUUCUUCUUUCGACUGCACUGAAGAUGUCAACCGAUGAUGUCAUAAGAAACCGUCCCCCUUUCGGGUUCGGCAGGGAGAGACGACGGCAGCGAGAACUAGACUGAAUUCUCCUUGCACCUCCACUUGUAAAUUCUCACUGAUGCUCAGUGGGCCCCCCCCAUGCCCCCAUGUGUGAAAUCCCCCCCCACGCCCGGCAACAAACUCUACAGUACAACCUUGCAUGUAUUUACCAACGCUGCACCUCGCAUGACGAUUAACUUUUAGAAGGACUCGUGUAGGGAAGAAAAAAACAAUUAUGAAGAUAGAGACAUGAAAAAAAAUGAAUAAAAGAGUUCUUAGUUUA